AUGCAACCCGAUAAUCUCCCUUCAAUGAUAUUUUUCGAUAUCUUGGGAACAAUAGUGGAAUGGAGAUUCUGCAUCGCAAAGGAACUGAAAGCCACAGCACAAAGGGCUCUACAAGAUCAAGCCCGAAAUCUGAGUGCCAAUAUACAAGCACGUAUCUCCGAUAUGUCCACUUCAAGCUGGCAAGAGAUCGCCGAAGAGUGGCAUGGCUCAUAUAUGAACUUCGGAAAUACCUACGAUUCAUCAAAGCCCUUCAUCUCAGUAGAUGAGUACAACCGCAUUUCGUUAGAAAAUAUUCUCAUCGAACGAAAUCUCCGAGAUCUAUUUAGCGAAGACGAUCUCAACCACUUGACACUCGCUUGGCAUCGGCUUGACUCGUACUCUGAUAGUGUGCCAGGUCUUGAAUUGCUGAAUACUAAGUUUCCGACAUCUACGUUAUCCAAUGGUAAUGUGAAACUCUUGGAGGAUCUACAAGGUCAAAAUUCUUUGCCUUUCACGCAUAUCACCAGUGCAGAGCAUUUCGGUGCUUAUAAGCCGGCGCCGGAGGUUUAUCAUGGUGCUGCGCGCAGAUUCGGUUUAGGGGAUUCGCAAUGUUGUUUCGUCGCGGCUCAUCUGGAGGACUUGUACGCUGCUAAGAAAUGUGGAUUUCAGACAAUUUAUCUUGAGAGGGAGUUGGAAAAGGCUUGGGAUUGUGGAGAUGUUGCACGAGCUAGAGAAGAGGGGUUUGUCGAUCUUUGGGUUGAAGUUGGAGGCUCAGGUCUGAUUGAAGUUGCUCGAUAUUUUGGGAUAGAAUGGAUUAUUACUAACGAUUAG